AUGGCUGACGUUUUGGUGGAGCGGAGACCGACCGCUCGGUUUUUCUGCCACAGGUGUAACGUUGAAUUUUUUUUUCAAGGUGAUUUGCAGGAUUACACAUGCCCAUACUGUGCUAGUGGUUUUAUAGAACAGUUAGAGAAUGAGACAGAGGGGAUAGCGCUAUCUGCAGAUGACUUCAGCGAUGCGGAUAUGAGUAAUAUUGACGAUAUGAGCAAUAUUGACGACAUGAGCAACUUAGACGAAUCAGAUGAUAUACCCCACUUGAUACAGGGCCCACAACCGAUGUUAAACGAUUUAGCAUUUCUAAUGUCUGGCGGUCGACUACGGGGCACAGGUCGUCGCGAAACAUUAAUGGAACAGCUCGUGUGGAUGAUCGGGGGCGCGCGCCCCGCCAGCGGCGCGGUCACGGCCGGCGCGCCCUUCGUGCUCGUCGGAGCGCCUGGAGACUACGUGUUUGGUGGCGAAGGUUUGGACGCCGUAGUAACACAACUACUAGGUCAGCUAGAGAAUGCGGGCCCUCCGCCGUUGCCGCGGGAUCAGAUCGCCUCGAUCCCCAGUGAAGUUGUGGCAGAAUCAGACGCCAUAGCCAACACAUCAUGUAGCAUCUGUUGGGAAGACUUUGAAACUGGUCAGACGGUGUCGCGGCUGGAGUGCGAGCACGUGUUCCACUCGUCGUGCAUCACGCCGUGGCUGCAGCUGCACGCCACGUGCCCCAUCUGCCGGCGCUCGCUGCUGGUGGAGGACACCCCACCACCGCUGGCGCCGCGGCCGCCCGUGACGGACGCGCCCGCGCCCGCCCCCACCGCCACCACCGCCACCACCGCCGCCACCGCGCCGCCCCUCGACUCCACGCAAUCGCCGUACUCGCAGCUGCUGGUGCGGCGGAUCCACCUGAGCAGCGGGCCGGCGUGGGAGGUGGGCCCGGUGGCGAGCGGCGCGGCGGCCGACUCGGCGUCGUCCACGUCCAGCGGCUCCGUGUCGUCCGCGUCCACGGGCACGCCCGGCGCGGCGUGGGCGGCCGAGCGCGGCAACACCACGUCCACCACGUCCAACUCCUCGUCCAGCCUCAACUCCACCGAGCGCGGCGCGCAGUUCAACAUGGACAUCGACUUCGACUAG